UCUAAAAGUUCUUGAGUUUCUUCACAAGAAAACACUUCCAACUUUUUAAUAACAUCUAGAAGGAAACAAAAAGAAGAAAAAACAAUGGGAAGAUCACCAUGUUGUGAUAAAAAUGGACUCAAAAAAGGUCCAUGGACUCCAGAAGAAGAUAAUAAACUCAUCCAAUAUAUUCAACUUCAUGUUCCUGGAAAUUGGAGAACACUCCCUAAGAAUGCUGGACUUCAAAGGUGUGGAAAGAGUUGUCGUCUUCGUUGGACGAAUUACUUGAGACCUGAUAUUAAGAGAGGACGAUUCUCAUUUGAUGAAGAAGAAACUAUUAUCCAACUUCAUAGUGUUCUUGGCAACAAGUGGUCAGCUAUAGCGGCUCGUCUACCAGGAAGAACAGAUAAUGAAAUCAAGAAUUAUUGGAACACUCAUAUUAGAAAAAGGCUUCUAAGAAAUGGUAUUGAUCCAGUUACGCAUAGUCCUCGUCUUGAUUUAUUAGGGUCUGAAUUGUUGUUACAAAAACUUCAACAAAAUCAAAUAUUGAAUUCCCAAUUGCAAAAUCAGCCUCAAUUUUUCCAAUUCCAAAAUCAGAUUCAAGAAAUACCAAAUUUCACCACACAAAAUGUUCCUUCUUCAUCUUCAUUAUCACAGCCCAUGCAAUUAGGAUACGUGGAGAAAUCCUAUUUGAUGAAUGGCCAAAUGCUACCUCCACAAAACUAUGGUUAUUGUAAUUCUGAUGCUUCUGAUAAUUCAACUUUUCAAUCACUGAACAACAACAGCAGCAAUCAGAAUUUCAGUUUAGAUUCAGUGUUGUCGACGCCCACUGAAGACGAAAAAGAGAGCUAUUGCAGUAAUUUGAUGAAAUUCGAAAUCCCAGAGAGUUUAAAUUUCGAUGAUUUUAUGUAAAUAUCGAUUGACAUUGUUCAAAAUAUAGUUUUUUUUGUGUGUGUUUGUUGUUGUCUUUGUUAUUGUUUUAUUUUUCUCCAGGGACAUUUGGAUGGAACCGUUGUUACGUUUUUUUUUAGUAUUUGGUGCAUCCAAAUUCUAAAGUUUGUAAUGUUAGGUGGCUCUUGUUUUAGAAAUUUUAUCUAUACAUACCAGUUGUUUAAUUUGUUUGUUGUCUUAUUAUAUAUUAUUCUUUUUUUUUCCAAUG